CACAGUUUGUGUUCUAUAUACCCCGGAGUUUGGUCUACGUUGGUGCUAUUCUUAUGCAUGAAUUUUAAUUUUGAUUUCAAUGAUAAGCAUCAGUGAGUUCUUGCAUGUUUCUACAAUAAAUCUAAAAUGAAUUAUCACAGGCUGUUGCUAAUUUCAGUUUUCUACUUCGGAUAUUUUUCUCCUUCUAUUUCGGAAAUUACAAAGACAAUACUCAUAAACGGAGGAGGAUGUGGAGUGGCAACAAAAGUACCUGGUGGAAUUGUUGUGUCUCAUGAUCCGAUAGCGCUCGAUAUUCCUAUAUCAAAUACUUUUAACUGCUUAUUUACUAUUCAAUCGUUUCGACCAAGGCAGACCGUGCGACUAGUAUUUGACCAUCUCAGCCUUUCACCGAAUGACUGCGCGCAAGCCAACAUCGAGAUAUAUAAUGAUAAAUUUGCAAAUGAUUCAUCCAAACUUCUGAGUCCGACUUUAUGUCCAGGAACCAGUAUUUCGUCGUUAGAAUACUUGAGCACCGGAAACUGGAUGACAUUGAAGAUUCAAGCAAAUGUUGUGGGGACUGGAAUACCAAAAGUCAAUUUUUCCGCCAGUUAUUCGGCCUUUACAGCAAAACCUUGUAAGUUUUCUGCUCAAGAAACAAACUGUAGUACAUUAAAUCGGUGUAUCUAUAAUGAAUUGCUGUGUGACGGAGUCGAUGGAUGUGGAGAUAACACGGACGAAAGUACAGACCCACCAGCAAAUUGCAAUGCAACUACAACUGUGUCAACGCCCAAUACAGGUGCUACGAAUCCUGCUCCUGGACCAGUAGAUAGUGCAACUGAAACAACAGCUACAAUCAAUCUUACCCCACUGGUUGCAAUUUUGGUAAUCGCAGGAGUAUGUUUGUCUGUAUACGUGUUCUACAUAUUAAUGUCGUUCUCCUGGUUCAAUAGUCUCAUAUAUGCUUGUCUCAGAUCAUGUCUUCAAUACGCCUUGCGUCGGCACAGAGAUUACAAACGAAAGAAAAAGUUACCAAAAGCUGGAAAUUUAUCAAAAAUAUAUCCAGAGUCAGUUGCAGAAACAAAGUGA